AACAGCACCAUGUUUGAGGCUCUUCCCAUUUGCAGACUAGAUAGUUUGUUGAAUACAUAAAUACAGUUUGUGUGUAAUUUUUGGAGAUAAUUUCUUGUUAUUUUGGCAGCAAGAAGGCGCAGCAUGGCUCAGCAAGUUGCUGUGAUCGGAGGAGGAAGCUCUGGACUGACCUGCAUUAAGUGUUGUUUGGAUGAAGGUCUGGAGCCAGUGUGCUUUGAAAGCAGUGAUGACAUUGGAGGACUCUGGAGGUUUAAGGAGAAUCCUGAGUCAGACAGGGCCAGCAUCUAUCAUUCAGUGAUCAUCAACACUUCAAAGGAGAUGAUGUGUUUCAGUGAUUUCCCCAUUCCAGCCCAUUUCCCAAACUACAUGCACAAUUCUUACAUUAUGGACUACUUUCACAUGUAUGCUGACCACUUCCAGCUCAGACCCUAUAUCCGCUUGCAGACAAAAGUACUUAACGUCAGCCCAAGACCAGAUUUUGCUCAGACAGGUCAGUGGGACAUUGAGACAGAAGACAGGAAUGGGAAGAAAGAGAAACAUGUGUUUGAUGCUGUGCUUGUCUGCACCGGACACCACUGUCACCCUCAUCUUCCUCUGAAAGACUUCCCAGGGAUAGACACAUUCAAAGGGAAAUACUUCCACAGUCGUGACUACAAGACUUCAGAUGAAUGGCGGAACAAGAGAGUGGUUGUGAUUGGAAUUGGUAAUUCAGGAGGCGACAUUGCUGUGGAGCUCAGCAGGGUGACCAAACAGGUUUUCUUGAGCACUAGGAGAGGCUCCUGGGUCCUGAAUCGUGUAGGAACCAAUGGUCUUCCAGUCGAUAUAAUUUGGAGCAGGGCAUUUCGAAUGAUCCAGUCUAUUCUGCCCUUUGGGUUCUUAUGCAAUGUGGCAGAGAAGAGGCUCAAUGAGAGGUUUAAUCAUUCACUGUAUGGGCUGAAGCCAAAACACAGAUUGCUCAGCCAGCACCCCUUGGUAAAUGAUGAUCUGCCAAAUCGAAUCAUUUCUGGCACCAUCAAGGUGAAGCCUAAUGUGCGUGAAUUCCGCGGCUCCAGCGUCAUCUUUGAUGACAGUACUGUUGAGGACAACAUUGAUCUGGUGGUGUUUGCCACAGGCUACACCUUCUCUUUCCCCUUCCUGCAACGCGAUGUGAUCUCAGUCACAGAGAACAAGACACGCCUGUAUAAGUAUGUGUUCCCUCCAGGCCUUGAAAGACCCACACUGGCUAUCAUUGGCCUCAUCCAACCUCUGGGAGCCAUUAUGCCCAUCUCUGAGAUGCAGGCUCGCUGGGCCACACGUGUCUUCAAAGGGCUUAGAAAGCUUCCGUCAAUGAGCAGCAUGCUGAAAGACAUUAAAAUGAAGGAGGACCGUAUGGCUAAGAGGUAUGUAACCUCCCAGAGACAUACCAUCCAGGUAGAUUACCUCCCCUACAUGGAUGAGCUGGCCACGCAAGUGGGUGUGCGUCCCAACCUCCUAUGGUUGAUCUUGACCGAUCCUCGUUUGGGUUUGAGGGUUCUGUUCGGUCCCUCCACUCCAUACCAGUUUCGGCUAUGUGGGCCUGGUCAGUGGGACGGGGCUCGUCAGGCCAUCCUCACCCAGUGGGAGCGUGUAGCCCAGCCGCUGAAGACACGCAAAGUCCCUGUGCAGGAAUCACGUCACUCCCAUCUCCCUCUCCUCCUGUCUGUGUCUGCUGCUGCUCUACUGUCAACUGCCUACUUCACCAGGGCCAAUCUGCCUAGUUUCCUCCCAGACAUCACGUCCUUCCUGGACAGGCUAAAAUCUCAUCUGCCUUUGCCUGUGGUGAGGCACUGACUGCUAAUGCAGUGAUUUAUUUUAAAGCAGCUCAAGCAGGGGUUAUUCUCUUGCAAGCAUCAUACAUAGAGAAGGUCUAAGAGAUAUUUUAUGAGUAAGAAGACAACAUAAAAGUGAAAUUGUUUUUAAUAUUUCCUGUUAAAUUUUUAAAGCCUCAACAAUAGCAAUAUGAAAUACUUGCUACCUAACAAUUCUCAAUGUAAAUAGUUACAUACAUAUAUUCUGCUCUAUUAGAGACCAGUGAUAUUGUUUGCAAAUAACAGAUUCCAAAACUCACUAUGGUUCUUUAUAUGCCUUAUAUUCAAGGCUGCAGGUGCUAAUUUUAGAAAUGUACCCAUACCCUUUGUAUAAUUUUAAAUAAUUUUGUCUGUCGUGGGUUUUAUUGAUUUAAACAUGCAACUUAUUUUCUACUAUAAUACCAUAUAAGUUGACUUUCUCACAUGGUUAUGCAUUUCAUUAACAUUAAUAACCAUUUCAUUUUAAUGAUGGAAUGUAAGUUUUUUCCACCACUUCCUGAACUGCUCUGUUAUACCAACAAGCAUUCAUGUUAUAGCAACAACUGCAUUAUGAUGCUUUAUAAUUUCACUAAAUUAUUUAUUGAUUUUAUUGGCA